AUGUUCCGAACAGCACUUCUCAGGUCCGCCCGGUCCGCCGUCCGCGCUGCCCCACGAUGCCAGGCCGCAAUGGCUCGCCCCGUUGCGCGAAGCUCGUUCGUCCAGCCAAAGCAAAUGAACCCCUCCGUAUACUUCCAGGCCGUACGAUGCUACGCCGCGAGCGCUGGUCUGUCAAAAGAUGAAGUCACUGGCAGGAUAAUGGACCUUUUGAAGAACUUCGACAAGGUCACCGAUGCUUCCAAGCUGAACGCUGAAUCGCACUUCCACAACGACCUCGGUCUCGACAGUCUGGAUACCGUAGAAGUAGUCAUGGCAAUCGAGGAGGAGUUCAGCAUUGAGAUCCCCGACAAGGAGGCCGAUGCCAUCCACAGCGUCAAGCAAGCAGUGGACUACAUCCUGGCUCAGCCCGAUGCUCACUAA